AUGCAUAACAGAAAACGCAUUCGUAAACCUGGGGGCCCCUCCAAGCAGGAGGGGCCCCCGGGGGGGGCCCCGGAUAUUGGGGUGUCUGUACAGCCUAAGUUCGGGCCUAAGAUACCGCAGAAAGCUGCAACUUCUGUAGGGGAAUCCAAGGAAGAAAUUACAGCAUUUGCUUCUUCUUCUCCUGAUGAUGCUCCUGAAACCCCUAUGAGGACGCCUACUGCCCCAACGGCGGCACCUUCUUCAGUUUCAGGUGUAUCGGCAGCUUCUUCAGUUUCAGGUGUAUCGGCGCCUUCUUCAGUUUCAGGUGUAUCGACAGCUUACAGUGAUGCGUGCAAGUCGGAUGGUGCUGAAUUGAGUAAAAAGAAGAUAUUGGGGGUGAAGUUUAGCGAGGACUCCUCUAUAACUUCGUCGUCAACUAGAAAAGUAUCAUUUGCUUCUUCAAAUUCAUCUUCUUCUCCCCCUACAAAACCCACAGAAGCUUCCUAUUCACUCGGAAAGCGCGUGGAAACCUUGCCGGACAAGUGGCGUCUCUUGCCCGCAUUUUUUGAAAGUAGAGGUUUGGUUUCGCAGCAUUUGGCUUCUUACAACUAUUUAAUUACGCACGAGCUUCGAUCGAUUGUGCGAGCUGCAGCAAAUCGCCUGAUUAAAUCGGACGUAGAUCCUUCUUUUUUCUUGGAGUUUAUUGACAUUCAGGUGGGGGAGGCUCGGCUAGAUGAGAGCAUGCAGCAGUUUAAACUGACCCCGAAAAUAUGCAGGGUGCGGGAGAUCAGUUAUGCCGCUCCUCUUCUUGCUGAGAUUGAAUACAGCAGAGGAAACGAAAUCGUUCGCAGAAGAGGCGUUUGCAUUGGCUAUAUACCCGUCAUGGUUAAGAGCAAAGCCUGCGCUUUAUAUGGAAAAACAACGGCGCAGAUUCAGCAGCUGGGCGAAUGCCCUUUAGAUCCAGGGGGAUAUUUCAUUGUAAAGGGAACAGAGAAGGUUCUGCUAAUGCAGGAGCAGCUGUCAAAGAAUAGAAUUAUUGUAGAGCUGGAUAUGAAGAGGAAUGUGUGUGCAACAGUGACUUCUGCUACUGCUGAAGCGAAGAGCAGAACUUCUGUUGUUUUGAAAGGGAGCCGCUUAUACUUGCGGCAUAAUUCUUUUCUAGAUGAUCUUCCCUUAUGCAUAGUACUGCGAGCUUUGGGGCUGGAGACAGAUCAGGAAAUAAUGCAAAUGAUAGGCACAGCUUCUCCUACAAGCAGCGAAGAAGCGGAUGGUGAAGCAGCAGGAGCAGCAGGAGCAGCAGGAGCAGCAGCAGGAGGGCAUGAAGCUGUUUCUCUUUCUCUUCAAGACUGUCAUGUAGAAGGAGUAUUAACACAACAACAAGCUUUAUUAUGGGUAGGGUCUCGCUUGAGGCCCCGCAUGCAUGGGCGCGGCUUCUUUGCUCCUGCGCGUGAGAGAGAAACAAAACAAGGAAAAACAGCUUUAGAAGAAGCUGUAGAUACACUGCAUCGUGUAUUACUUGCACAUAUUCAUAGCAGCGGGAGUGAUUUUCGUUUAAAGGGGAGGUUUCUUUGUUUAAUGGCGAGGAGAUGCCUACAAGCAGCUGCAAGCCCAGACCUGCUUGAUGAUAAAGAUUACUAUGGUAAUAAGCGUUUAGAGUUAGCAGGGCAGAUGGAGAGAGCUGUGGAUUAG